UCAUGCAGUUAGUAUUUACUGAAAAGACUUCGCAAAUGUGUCUGUUUAGUCUCAAAGGAAGUCAGGCUCAGAUGAUCUGUGGACAGGAUGGUCCAUGACACUGUAUUUGCACUUUAAGCCAUUUAACCAUUUUAUCUUGAUAAGUGUUUCAGCUUUUGCCAGUUUUCGUUGAAACUUUUGUCAGCAUGGAUAACAGGGUAGUGGCCUACUUUCGAAACAAUUUUGAUAUUCAUCAGGAAAUCCACUGAUUUCAACGAUUUUAGGCAGUUUUGGCAGUGUUUUUGUGGAAAUGAUUUGUUGAGGAGAUCAGAAUACCAUUUCCAUCAACAUUCUUGAUUUGUUAGUCCCAAUAGCAUGGGAGGGCAUGAAGUGUACCAAGGAAGUUAUGUGAACAAAAAUGCGUCAAACUAGCACAAAAAGUGCUAGAGUGUAUAAAAAAAUCUGCUGGUAUAACACAAAAUGAACGCUAUUCUAUCUCUGUGUCACUUCUGUGAACUACAUGGCCCGAGUGUGGUCUUCUGCACCCAAGCAUUCAGAGAUCUUCCUGACAUCAGUGUGUUGUGUGAUAUGGAGGCAGUUGAUAUCCUGGACCGAAGACCCAUUACUGCUGAAAAUGAAAAGUCAGGAGAAACUAACUUGUGGAAGUAUGGAUCCGUGCAUCAAGACCACUACACUAAUAUGAACAUUACAGGAAAUGAUGCCUGUGUUGCGUGCCGUUCCUUCCAACAUAAUCAGCCUGGGUUUAUCAGCAAUGAUGACGCAGCACGAGUGAGUUAUGUGAGCUCACAGUUUCCCUUACAGUCUGAGCUGUAUGUUCCUGUGCGACAUGCGUGCAUUAGAUCCUUAAGUUGCGAGGUUUGCCCUGGUCGAGAGGGCCCUAUUUACUUUGGUGAUGAGGCGCGUGGACAUGUCCUCUCCCACACUUUCUUCUUGCGAGAUGUACAGGCUCGAGGAUUCCAAAGAUGGUACAGUAUCCUUGUUCUCAUGAAAGAUAAAAUGCUUUUAUUGAAUUCUUGGCCAUUCAUAGUACGGCACUUGAGGCAGACCAUAGACAGACUACAAGAAAAUGCAAACAAGGUGUACGAAGCAGAGGAAUCAAAAGUUAGUCACAGAGCUUUGAGAUCAGCAACAAUGAUGUCCGAUAAUUUCCGAAGGCAGCGGGCUGUAGGCCAGCCAAGGUCACUCCCACAGCUUGCAGGAGACGAAGGGGUGUGGCAGUACCUCCACUCCUCCUUCUCUUGGCUAAUGAAGGCUGGGGGUUUGAGGCUGCAAGAGCGGCUGGUGGAGGGCCCCCCCGUCAAUGCCUUUGUGGCCAAUGAUGAAGCUGAUGGCAUAGGUAUUAACAUCCGAGAGUUGUACAAUGCCCUGGGUGCUGCAGCCUUUCACACGGUUGCUCGCAGCUUGUUGAUUGGCCACCAAGUUGUCUUCAGAGGUCCUGCCGAAGGUGUCGUUGCUGGGGUUGUGAGGUCGCUUAAGCCUCUGCUGCCGAAGCAUUGUUACAAGGCAGUAGAAUUUUCCUCGCAGUAUGCAGACCGGUCAACCUGUAACAUCCUUGGACUCCACUCUCUGGCAGAAGUGCCAAAAUCUGCUCUAGAGAAUGACAACUUAUGUCUAGUGGAGAUGGUGCCACGGGAGGAAGGCCCAGAGAGGGACGAAGUAGCUACAGCCGCAGCGGCAAAGCUAGGAGGGACAGUGGCUGCUGGCAUGGCUCCCAAGGAUGCUGAUGGCUCUCCCAGGGCAUGCAAUUCCCCUGAGGAAUCUGAAGCGGCGCAAGUUUUGAAGAAGAUAUCCUUUCAGAUUUCGAAGGGUAAGGCUUCCUGUGCCAAACGUCCCCUCAGGUUCUGAGUAGAAUUGAGUCUGCUGUCGGCAAUAACACCCUCACCCCAGCAGCCAUGAUGAUAUACUUAACAACAAUCAUAUAUGAGUGGAUCAACAAGGUAAAGGUGUGGGUUCAUGUGCAGAACAAGCGAGCAAUUUCCUCAAAGCACCUUGAAGGGAUGCCUCCUCCUGGCUCUGUUAUUCAUCCCCAAGGAAGAGGACCUACCCUGCCAGUCUUACGGAGUCCUUCACACACAGCGGGGAAAGCAGUGGCAUCACCCAACUUCCGCAGCCUCUCACCAGCAGGUACGACUGGCAGCCCUGCAUCUUUGGAAACGACACAACAUGAUGAGCUCCAUCAGUUACUUGCAGCCAUAGGGUCGGCAGAAUGGGAUGUUCCACUGCUAGAAUUUUGGGCCAAAAAUUUCCAGACAUGACAGUGUUUUGGAAAUAUAUGUGUGAGUUUUAGUGAAUUGAAUUUUCAAUUCAAGAAAUAGUAACAACUGGUGCUGAUUAUGUGUUCUAUGUUUUUGAAAGCGUCAUGAAAAUACUGAAUUUUCUUAUUAAGUUCUUUUGUAUAGAUUUUACAAAAUAAAGAAUUGUCACAAUUCUAUGUGAUGUCUCUGAUGUAGAGGUUUUGAAUCGUGUAUAAGUGUUAGUGCUGUGUGAGCUGAUUACUCAGAUUAUGAAGCCUUAUGUAUUUGCAAGUGUCAGUGAUAUUUUUACAGUAUUUCGUUUCUUUGCACAAAAGACUCUUCCCUAUAGAAGAGCUAUUUAUAAAAUAAGUACAAAUGACACAUAUUGUUGAAGAUGUUGGAUAUGAUAGAGAUGAAUAUUUUAUCCGGAUUUUGUCAUUUUCAUUUUAUAUUUAGACAUUAAAUAUUUUUGAAUGAAAUUAGUCUUUUUAACAGCUGUAACUGAACUCUGUUCAUAAUAUAAAUUGUUAAAAGAAAGUUAAAAGAAAGCUCUAUAUUGAAGUAUUAUUGUUGACCAUCACAAAAGGGCAGUAAGUAAUGUUUGAUUUUAUUUUUCAAUUGUGCAUUUUCUGGAAAGAAAGUAGGGAAGAACCUAAAUGUGACAUGUUAAGACACUAUAAGGGAAAUUGUAUGAAAUUUCAGCAGAUUAUCUUGCAAUACAGUAUGGUGAUAAUGCAGUAAUUGACUUUUCUCUGCUGUGAUAAAAAUAAACAGGAUAUACUUCUUAAUCUAGUCAAUGCUGAGUGAAGAAAUGAAGACUUAGGCAAGGUAUGAAAAAAACAAUAAUGUUCUCAGUGAUCAUAGUCUAAAAAGUUCUUCUGGAGCUUCAUAUGCGUGUAUGUUUUGAGAAUUAAAUUGCUACCCUUGUA